CCAGAAACACUCCCUGAUAUCAUCCAACGGCUCAAAAUUGAUCUGAAAAACAUACCCAAAACGAAAUAUAUUCACCAAUAUUCCCCGAAAAAACUCCAUCCUUCUUUGAUAAAGUAAAGAGAGAAGAAGAUAAGAAGAUAACAAUGGCGUCCAUGCUGAUUUCCUUCACUCCUGCAACUACAAGAGUUUAUGCGGCCACAGCAGCGAAAGGCGUAGGUGGGUCGAAAGAAGAAAAGGGUUUUCUGGAUUGGGUUCUGGGGAACUUGCAGAAGGAAGAUCAGUUCUAUGAAACUGAUCCCAUUCUGAAGAAGGUGGAGGAAAAGAAUGAGGGAUCCUCCAACAAUGGCCGCAAGAACUCUGUGUCUGUUCCCCAGAAGAAGAAGGGUGGAUUUGGUGGUCUGUUUGCCAAGAAAUGAAAUCUUGAACUUUCUUUUUCUAAAGAAAAAAAAAAAAAAUUGAAAUUUGGUGGGUUGAUUUUUCUUCAUUCUUGAAGCUUUUUUAUUGAGCUCUGAUUUCCCCUUGUCUCUCCAUAUGAUAUUACACUGCAAUUUCACUUCAAUAUAUAUAUAUAUACAUAUCUAUUUUAUUUUGUUGGAAUAUGAAUUGAAUCCAAUUAUUAGGCUUGUGUUUGGUUAA